AUGAGCAGGAACGGUGAUUGGGGAUAUGUGCGGUACACUGAGCAGCCAACGGGGCUUGGAUGGGGCUCUCUUCCAACGGUUGGAGAUCUAUCGGAUAGGCUGGUUGAACUGGGAGGCUUAGAGACCUUGUGGGUCUGGUUCGCCUGGUGGUGCAUGCUCUCCACCUGGCGAGACCCGGGCGUUAGGGCAGGCAAUGGAGAGAGGCUUAGUAGGGGGAUGGGGAGGGCUCAUUGCGAGGAAGGAAGACGGGUGAGGGUUCUUGAGGAGGUAUGGGGAAUGGGGGUUGUAUCAUCCUUGACCUCCAAGUCCAAACCUAUUGUUCUAUCUGGAGCCGAAGGUCGACGUAUCUUCUUCAAAGAAAAGAAUUUACAUCUUUACGAGACUUUCCAGGGUCUAUUUGCGAGUAUCUCAUCGGAUCUCGACCCACACCAGGUCAGUGGUAUUGUUCGCCGGAUGAGCGGCAUUCAAAAGCCAGAUACACUGCAGCUUUUGAUCCCAUUGUUGUUAUCAGAUUGCCAAAAGAAGAUGGAUUCGUGGGGAGCUCAAGCCAUCCUCGAUCCAAGCUCGGCUUUCCAUGAGAUUGCCUUUCAGAUGGUCAUGCGUCCUGCUUCUUUUGAUAUAGCUGAAGAUCCAGCUCUUUUAUCGCGUCUGAAACCACUCAUCGACACUAUCGAGUCGCCUUCGUCCGAAAGUUCAUGGCUGCCCAGUAUCUCCUCCUUUCGCAAAGUAUCCGCUUCUGCUCGCAUAUACGGUAUUAUUCAACGGCAGGUUCACAAUAGGAAGAGUAGUGGAAGUCGGAGGAGAGAUGCUCUUCAACAGAUGCUGGAUGAUGGAGAGAGUACAGUUCAUAUAUUUGGGUUCAUGCUCGGUCUCUCUCUUGCUGGAGCGCGUGCCAUGGGAACCACAGUAACCUGGCUGAUCAUGUAUCUCGCCUCUGAUCCCCACUGGUCUGCAGCCAUUCAAAACGAGAUCGAGACGCUUAUCUCAGCCCAUGCCGUCUCUCCAAGCCAAACUCUGACGGAAACUCUGUCCUCAAUUCCUCUGCAAGCGUGGGAAACUCAACUCCCGAUGCUGGAUCUUUGUAUCCGUGAAACCCUCCGCAUUGCCCAGCCCUACACAGCAGUGCGAAAAAACGUCGGCCCCGAAUUCACCGUUGGACCAUAUACCAUUCCUUCGGGGGCCUCCGUUGUCUACCCGUUCUCCGACACCUCCAUCAACCCCCAGGAUUACCCCAAUCCCAUGCGCUGGGACCCCUCUCGGGCAUUUCAGGGACAAUUCAUUGGUUGGGGCGCUGGCAAACACGCCUGUAAGGGCCAACGACUCGGAACCUUAAGUAUGAAACUUUUGGUUGCCUCGGUCCUGCUGCGGUAUCGCAUCACCCUGGAGAUGCAGGGUCCUCCCGUUCCGGAUUGGAGUUCUACAGCCUGUCGACCCAUGGAGAAAGGUGGAAUCCAGAUCACAGCCCAGUCGUAG